ACUAAGGUGCUGGUAUACCAGUAAUCCACUGUAGCAAACAGUCCACGCUACUUUCCUUUCAUUGUGGGACGGUCAGUCUCCUUUACGUUCACCUUAGCGCUUUGGUGAUACAAAAGCAGUUGCAUACUGAGACAGCCACGAAUGUGUCUCCACCCAUGCCUUUCAGGAUUGAUUUGCAUGCCUUUCGCCAAGAAUCUUCUCCAAUCUGUGCUGAUCGCAAGGCGGCAUCUCAGUCACCCACCUAUCCUAACUAUACUUGCGAUCAUGUAAUGCGACCGCGAUCUAGACGGACUCGACUUACUAGCAGUGGGCACGCGGCGGAUACAAACCUCAACGUUCAGAAUGAGUGUGGGUCAUUUCGUACUCGGCGUGCCAGCAACUUACAAAAUAAAAGUAUAUCUCUAUCACAACAAUCUAAGUCUCAUCUGAAAUCGACUUCACCCACUUCUGUACUCGAUUCUUAUGCUUCUGAACGGGACACGACAAGUCGCGUGGAGCAACUUGAAGAUGACAACUCGUUCUCCUCCAGUGUAUUCUCAGAGCACAUGGCUCAUCCAGACCUCCCGCUCGUCUUAGACGCGGUAGCCAAUGACUCAGGGAAGUCCUGUGGGGACGAUAUUCUUUCUUCCGAGCACACGCUUUUAAAUGUUGGAGCUGAUGGGGAUGAUAAUACUAAUGGUUUGGUCACAGGUCAGCUCUCCUCUGACAUAAAAGCAGACGUCACUGGCAUGCUAAUUCAUGAAGAUAGUGGCGUCUCGACGCCAAUGCUAGUCGCCGCAGAUGACUGUGUCAGUUCCGAGGGUGAAGAAGACAACAAUGGAAGGGAGCGGAGUUUGAUGCUGUCUCCGGGUACGUUUCGUUUGGGUGCCAGACCGGAAGUAAGUAGCAAUCUGGCUUCUGACUCGGAACCAUGUUUGCUAACCGCUUCUUGUGUCCCAAGCAGUAUGGGACUCAACACUGGUUUAACCGAACCAAGUUCUUUUGACCACAUUUCCGCUGUGCCGAACCUUAAUGUUCCCAGAGUCGACGGUGGGUCUGGGGUGUACUCAAAUUCUAUGUGCACACAACAUAACCUCUCCUGCCAAAACAGAACUACUGAACAAGUCGCAUCGGUGUGUUCCCUUAAGUUCCGGAGUCAUGGUCAGGCGCUUACGUGUGCUACACGUGUGAUCACAAGAUCACAAACGGCGGAGCUAUUCAGGAGUGGAACACCGGCCCUUACACAUUUCAGCUCAGCUCGUACUGGUGAUACCAGAAUUUGCGACAACGAACCGCGUUGCGAUAUCGCUACCACAUGUCUUUCUGCGGUCCCCCAAGCCGGUUGCGGAAGUAGCUUUGACUCAUUGACUUUAUCCUCACAAUGUAAUAACCACUACACCAAACGGGGACGCGACAAACCGUUACUGGCCAAUUGCAUUGUUCAUUUGGCUCCAAUCUCGAAACAAAAUGAAUUGACGGCCUCGAAUCUGGAUCAGCACGUUUCCAAGUGUCACUGCAGUUCUGAUUCGCCUAUUCCCGCUCCCAAAUGGGAUUUUGUGACCAAGGAAGAGGCGCCCUGUCCUGUCAUACCAAUUUCAAGUGAUGCUACUGUUCUUCAACCAGGAGUGUCUACCGGCUCAGUGUCACCACGUCGCAUCAAUGCAGACAGGUCUGGCUUUCCAGCACGUAACUCUGCCCCGUAUGGGACUCUGGUUUUCGAAUCGGAGACUGUACAUGCUGGUCACCCGUAUCUGCUGCGGUCCCGGCUGAGGCGAGAGUACCUACGGCGUGAAUGGCUCGCAGCUCGUGCUUCACCGAAAUCGUUCAAUCAACUCCCAACGGAAGUGCUUCUUCGGAUCGUACAUUACUUGUGUAUUCAGGAUUUGUUCCGUUUGCAAUUAGUCAGUAGCCGAUUCAAGGCCCUCGUCGAACGUUAUCUCCUUCUGGUCAAACGCAUCAACUUCAGCAACGGGCUUCCUUUCGCCUUUUUACCCUCUUCAAUCAACGAUUCUGUGCUUAGGCGCAUACUUUCUCACACUCCUGAGGUAACGCACAUUCUCGGUUUCUACCCCAAAACCAUAACCGGCUCCCAUCCGUUGGAAUUCCACAGUCUAGGCAACAAUCGCACCGCUUCUCCCACUUCACUCACUUACGCUGGGAUUGUCUCAGCUUUUCGGCUGUGCCCCAAGCUGCGUUCAGUAGAGUUGAUGGAUGUGGAGUUGAUGAGCAAGUUAGUUCACUACUUGCCUCGCAUAAAAUUUCAUGGCAUGUUCCGCAAUCGGCCCGAUUCUUGGGACUGCGAAUACGCUGUACCCUUGCCCAUCGAAACCAAGCACGAAGUGGCUACGGAGCUUGUGCAUCCGCGGACUCUCACGAAUGACCUCACAGCAUCCUCAUCCGAAGCAACUGGGUGCUUAAUACAAUCGCCAACGCUUGCAGGUCAUCUGAGUUCCUUAUUCUGUUGUGUUACGGCUAUUGCAGAAGCCAUUACCAGUGGUACGAAUUUUAAAUCCCGUAAAGUUCUAGAUGGAUUAACUUUCAAAUGUCUACGUGGAAGGCGUCCCUCUUCGCUUGGACUCAGCUCCGGAGCCACUUUUUCCAAGAACUCUUCUGGCUUCUCUUCACUUCAGGCAUCAACUUUACUGGCGCACCAGUGGUCAAUGGAGUAUGCCGAUUUGGCUGCUUGGUUGGACCUCGUGGGAGAAUUUCCAGUUGGACAUGGUUCUCCAUCAACCGUUCCUCACUUCUUACCCUGUGUGUCGAAUGGGAGCUUGUCACCUUGGUUAGAAGAUGCUUUUCAACAAGCGGGUUUCAGUUCAUCUCGGAGUCUGAUGAUUGCACCAUUUCUUCAACCUGGUUUGCCUCCAGUGGAAGCUGAACUAAUCGCUGCUCCUUUGUCUCAGUACAUGGUUACAGAGGCCCCAGUCACAGGGACUGCAGAUAAUCCUGCACUCCCCUUAUUGGGUUUCGCUUUCGGUGCAUUGUUCGUUUCUCCCGACUUAGUCGGUCAGGGCUUGGGGGCUCCCUUCUUACUUUCUCCACAGAGCGCCGGUACAAAUGAUCCUGCGUUAGUUAAUCAGUCUCUUGACAACUGCCUUCCAAAUGUUCAUCCAAAUGGACGUGGCCCUUCUAUGUCUGCUGCGUCGCCACACUCAAAUCAAGCUGCGCGUGUUCGGCAGAUAGAGCCACCACAACCUAUCCGGAUCCAACCAAACGACCCCGGCCAAGCUUAUUCUCCCAAUGGCCGACGACAGCCAGUGGCCCAAUACACUCGACACACCGCACGUCCAUGGUUCGCCUCUCCUUUACCCUGGCAUUCCGUUUGUAUCGGGUUGCCUUUCGCCAUCGCUAACCUGACAAAACUGGAUCUAGUCUCUGUUACCAUAAGUGCUCUUCCUCGUAUGGAUAAUAUCAAAUACUUGCAUUUGAAGUGGGUUAUGUUUACGGCGGGCGAUCCAUUUUUCAACUUUUCCGCGCCGAAAUUACAGUCCUUUGUCAUGAACAACUGUAUUGGACCAUCAAGAGUCGUCCGUUUUGUGCGAAUUUUUUCUGCAUUGGCUGGGGCACCUCAGCUGACUCGCCUUGAACUCAUUGGCGUGCGUUUCCUCGAUGGGCUUUUAGUUCGCCUAAUCGAUGUCCCGCUUCUUCCUGGGCGAGCUUUCCGCAAUUUACAACGGUUGGUGCUCUCAAGCAACAAGGAAGCAACCGAAUUUGACGUUGGGUUGUUGCUUUUGGCUGGCCAACAAUCUUUAAAUCACGUGGCGUUGCAGGUAGCACACACACGUGAUUCACUGUUUCAGUCCCUGGCGUGUGCUCAGGCUAGGUUUCCUCGUUUGGAAAACCUGAUUCUCGGUUAUCAGGAUCCAUACCAGUCACGCUUGACAGUCUCGGAGUUGACAUGUCUUGGUAUUGGUGACUCUCCCGAUCAUCUUAUGCCUUUGUGUUACCUUAACGACCACGGCCUUGCCCUGGUAUUUGACUUGUGUCCGAGAUUGGUCAAUCUUUCCAUACGGCAUUCACCGUAUCUGUCGUCGAUUGCCGCCUGGUGCAGCCCUUCUAGGCCUAGUAAUUCCGGAUCCCGCGACGAUCUUGUGUCAUCUUCUCAGAGGACAGAAGACGACUCUACAUCUACCACUUCGGCCUCACGAAACCAAGUUGAUGAAGCGUCCGGUAACAGGCCUGCUACUUCCGGUAGUCAAACUGCUUCGAAACCUAUCUCUCACUCAGUGUUACCUUUACGGUCGCUCACAUUGGAGAACUGUCCUGGAAUCUCUGUGGAGAGCAUUGAAGAAGCCAUCAGCACAGUAACACCAUUUCCCUGUUUGGAAACUCUGGUUCUGAGGGAUAUGUUUGUGCAGCGUUCAGGAUCUCGUUCAGCCUUAUUGCCAAGGCCGUCUUGGAGCGAGCGUUUGAUUGACGAAGAAAUGGUUGGUGUUGUUUCCUCUUCUCCUAACGAAUUACCAAUUGACGAAAUCGACUGGCGCAAACUCAGUCAUUUACAAGCUCUUUCCGAUCUCCUUGCUGUCCGACGACUAGGACCCUCGCCAGUUUGCCCCGAAGGUGUUGGCUUGGCUUCCUCCGCGAGGGAAGUGACCACAGCAGCUCCUCCUGCUGGUGCCAGGGCGAUUGAUAUGCCCAUAAAACAGUUUGACUUGUUUCAUGCCCUGCGAAUCCACCAUUAUCUCAACAGUCUCCUUGAAUUGGACGGCUCUUGUGGCCCUCGAUCCGUUGGCGUGAACCGAAUUAGGAACGCAUUGUUCCGUGAAACUGGAAACCACUGCUCAUCUGGGGAAUCCGUUUGUUCCGCUGACCCUCUCAAUGUUAAUACUGAAUUUGUUUCCCAGUCAACGCAAACCUGUAUAUGUGGGAUACUAGAGUGGAACCUAUUUCAGUGCGUUUCUUCCUCCCAUUCUGUGCCUUCCUCUUUUGCAAACAGUCCUCCGUUCCGACAUCAACAGCGUAGUCCAUCGGCUCAGUCGUAUGCGAUCAUUGGACCUCCUGGUUCGCAUAAAGCACAUCCUUCAGCAUCUGUCCCCUGCUUUUCCUCAUCUCCACAUUCUCGAUUCACUCCUGCCUCUACCAGUCAACAGCGACAGCAGCUGGGCGGACCUCUUGCUUUCCACCCAUUCCCUCCCUCCGUUCAGCAUCAUGAUUUGCACAAACUCAUCACAUGCUCAAGUUGGGCCAAACAAGUAGCUCGUCAUCCUGCCAUAUCUAGUCUUUCUUCUUCUCCCUCCCUUAUUCACGUGGACUCGGGUGAAUGUCUCGGCUGUGCCUCCGAUCCUUUGCUUCAUCGUAGCGACUCCCUACAGGUCUCUGCUCGUCACCAGGAAACAGCUCUGGAGCACCGAACUCGCACUUGGCUGGCGCGCGAUGCAACUGUGGACACUGCGGAGCUUCGCUGCCACACCGCUUCUUCUCAACCCCUGGUGCUCACUAUCUAUCAACCUCCGUUCGCCUGUCAUAGCAAUUUAACCUCCAUUCAUUUCGAGAAGGUUGGUAUUUCUCAUCUGGUCCUUAGCGGUGCUCCACAUUUGAAGAACAUAACUUUGGAAAACUGCCCCCAGUUGCAAGCGAUCUUGUUCAACCAUUGGCACACAACCUCCGAAGGGGAUACGCGGACGCAUCCCCACAGUGUGCCAUCGUUGCGUCGAAUAAGAGUGAUCCGAUGUCCCAAGUUCGCCAUCUUCCACUUGCUACAUGCUGUGUCUGCUCUGUAUCCGGCACACGAUGAAAAUAUCUCCAUUACUUACCGGCCCUUCGGUCGAUACAAUGAACAAGUUGAACGCGCGCUAUGGUUGCGAGCACAUCAUGCUCACGUUUUGGUCUCACACGACUACAAACAGCACGAGAGCGAACGACAAAUGGAAGAAUUCCAUUCCACAUUUGAUCAGCUGUUUCGGGAGGUUAUCAAUUUUGCUGAUAUGCUCAUGCGGCGCGAACUGCUGUCUCCUCACCCGAAACCGUCCACAACUUAUCCAGUCCCAUCCAACUUUCGCAGAUCCGAGCAUGGUGUUGGGUGGAAUCUGGUGACAGACAUUCCUUGGAUCCAUGAAAUCUGUUGUUCGCUCUUACGCAACACUGAAACACGGCGGUCAGAUCAAGCAGAUCAGUUUUAUGAAGUCCUGUCAGAGAUUCAAGCUGCACCGAGAAGCGUUAAACUUCAACGACGGGGUAUCCACCUACAUGUUCAAUAUCGUGAUGUUCAUGAUCCCUUCAGCGCCAAUUCUACUGCAGACUGCGCUGUGCUACCCUCGUACCAUAACUGGGACUAUUCUGAACAGUACUUGAUGACUACGCUCCCGUUGGUCGACCUUAAUGCCUGGGGUGAUGGCUUCGAUGAACUGGUUAUUUCUUCUUUACCACCAUUACCGAAAGUGGUUUCUAGUCUGGACUCACCGGAGCCCACGUCAUGGCAACAACUUUUGUUGCGUCAAGAAGAGAUUGAUAUCGAUACCACGAGCACACGUUUUCCCGUUCAAACCAUGGUGCGAUUCCGCCAUCGCGAGUUCACUUCCAGACCUGUGCUACGGAAACAACGCUAUCAUGCUCGCAGAACUGAUGUGCGCGAGGAACAAGCGACAAAAAAAGCGAAACUCGAGCAACACCUUACUUCAUUGUAUCCUUACGGCAGUCCAACUUCGUCCAUUCAACGGUUCUGUGCGCCAUGUCCCGCUGGCACACGAAAGCGAACAUCCGUCGCCUCUACCUUGGGCCACACGCUUGAGAAGAAGCCAAGAACGCACACUCCUUGACAUUUUCCUGAUAUUAAUUCACUCGCAAAACACGUCUACGUUCAGUAUACUCCGAUUCCUGGUUCUACCUUCUCAGUCCCGCCGCAAAUUGACUUGUGGCUCCUACUUCUAUUCACGUGCUCGUGAUACCGUUUUCCUGCAUUCAUCUUGACCGGGAUCAAUGGCUUCUCAAACUGUGGUCAUUCUCUAACCAAUUUUUUGUGAUGUUCCCUCUCCACCUUUUGUUAACCCACUAGUUCACAUCUUGCGGAGCACUUGUAUACACAGUGAUUCCUUCACGGCGUUUUCCCUAGAUUUUCCAGCAUGUCAAAGAUUUCUCAUUCCAAUCGCCUGCUGACUAAUUCCACUUGUGUCGAAAGAGUGCCUUUUAUGGUUGAUGUUUGCUCUCUUCAUCGAAAACCGUACCGGUUGCUCUUAUUCAAUACAUCAUAACUCACUUGAGAGUCUCGCUUUUCUGUCGGCAUACACUCGUUUGAACCUUUUAUCUGUUUCAAUUUUGUCAUUAGUAUGUCUCUUCCCUCGCUUCUCCCUCACCCAAAUGUAUGUAGGUCUGUGAUAAUUAUUCAGGUGUUAAGGCAGCACAUUGACCUCGCUCUUGUGCUCGUGAGUUUUUGUGACCACUUUCUAAUCUUAACCGAUCUGUGUGUAUGUCUGUCUAUUUAGUCCUUUACCCACGUGUUUCUUUGUGUGUCGGCAAGUGUGUUCUUGUCUGUCAGCCUUCGAUUUCUCACUUGCGCUACUCGGUUGAUGUCUGCCCCCCCCCUAGUGUAUAAAUUACGUUUUAUCUUCAAUCCUCUUCUUCGCAAGCAAUUUCCAGUCUAUCUGACCAUUUUGUCAUCAUGGAUUACAUGUGCGAGGAUAUUUCCAGUCCCCCUAUUCACUUUUCUUCGCAAAGAACACUUCAUGGCCUUUAUCAGUCGGCUUAAACUUACUCGUUCCUGUAUUCUGGCCAUAUUUUGCAGUUCGCAGGUCUUCCAUCUGCUUUCCUAGUUGCUUUAUCCGCAUAGCAUAUCCGCUUUGUGUGUUCCCAGCCACGCUGCGCACGCACGCACCCCCGCAUACAUUGUUUGCCCACGAAUGGUUCAUAUCAAUGUCGCUUAUCUUAUCUGGUCCUCCUAGUGAAAUAACACUGCACGGUCUCGUGUUUCUGAC